AUGCAGCGUAGUCCUCCGAAUAUGGGCGUAAGCAAGUGCCUCAUGAUAGGCGGAAGUGGUCUUCUGCUCUUUACCAUAGGAUAUUGGCGAUGGAGGAAGUCGAAGUCGUCAAGAAGGGGAGAAACCUGUGGGCAGGAACAAGCAAGGGAGUUGGCGGCGCUGCGGCGAGCUGUGCUGAACGUCCCUGUGGAGGUGGAUGUGGACAAACUCCCCAAGGGAUGGGCUGUUGCCCCGCCCAUUUUUUACCCGCCUCGUCUUGCGGCUAUUUCUCUUCUGCAGCCCGGAGCCGACAAUGACACAACUUGCGCUAGUGGGAGCAGUUUCAUUAUAUGCGACGGGCCGCUUACGCAUGGGGCGUCAAAUUCAGUUCGACCCGAGGAUGCAGCAUCCUUCUUUACAAAGUAUGUGCAGAGUGCCCCUCUCUUGGAGUCUGUGGCUAGCAGCGGUGCAGUAGUGGUGCCUCUGGAAGAGGCAGGUUUCUCAUGUGUCUCUGGAUGUUUCACCCAUGCCAUGCUCUUACCGGCUGAAGAGAUGGCCCUCAUGUUUGGCUGCAAUGGGCCUUAUGUCAUUUCGCUUGUGUUGACGCAAUUUGUGGUACAAUCAAAAACAACAAAAAAUUGCGGCGAUGAUGAUGAUGGUGGUGACAAAAAUGAAGACAACGCUACACCGCAAAGAAUCACACCGUGUGACAUUCAAGUGUUGCUCGACGCGUGCCUUUCUGUGCCACUGGUGGAUGGGCUGCGCUUGCCUGGCACGCCAGCUGGGUCGUGUGAGGGCCGUCUGCGCCUGACGUGUCGCCACAAGAAUCGUAACGUUGUGUUUGCCGUGUCGACCGUGGUGACGGCGCGGAGUGUGGGAGGGAAUAAAGGCAAGAAGAAAGGCAACGCACUUUUCAUUCUCGAGGGGGAUGUGUUGCCAGACGGGAGGAUACUCAUGGACAUCGUCAGUUUGGAUUCGAUUGUGAAGGGAGCAGCGAUUGACACAUUGUUCCCCUGUGGCGUCCAGGACACCCUCCCUGUGUCAUCAUUCGUCUCAGUGGUCGCUGUGGAGGAGAUCGGCAGCGGCGUACAGAAUGAUAAUGAUGCUGGUCAGAAUGCUAGUGGUAAUGUUCCGCGGCUCUGGUGUGAGGAGGAGGAUCUUGUGACCAUAGCCUUUUCUCACACGUCUCUUGGCGUGCACUUCGCCGUGAACCCGCGAGGUGGCGUCGUCCGUGAGCCAAUCCUCACUGACGAUCUGCUGAUGCUGUACUAUCCGCUCGGCGAAGAGGGCACAACGAUGAAAGGGGCAGAUGCUGCACUGAGCGUGGUGCCGCCACGAGUCACAAUACGACGCAUUACGCAGGUUCCACCGACUUGGGAAAAGUUUAUUGCCACGGAGGACGAGCUGAAACAUAACGUUUUGUUUCAUUUUACAGACUGGGCUAAGGAGCGGGUUCCGUGCACUGUCUGUGACCUCAACGGUAUUCGCUGUGUACAGCUGCACGAGGAGAAGGAAGAGCACAGCUGUCGCUCGUACGUAAUCCCAUGGUCACAUGAUAUUCUUGUGGUUCGCUGGGAAACAGAAACCAGUAAAUGGGAGCAGCACCUACCGCUUCUACAGAAAUUUCUUGACACUCUGCACCUGGCAGACCCAUCGGUGUGA